AUGGCGGGGCAGGAGCGUAGGACAAUCGAUCUGGAGGAGGGAUGGGCGGUCAUGCAGAAGGGCAUCACCAAGCUGAAGAACAUCCUCGAGGGCAAGCCAGAGCCGCAGUUCAGCUCCGAGGACUACAUGAUGCUUUACACGACGAUAUACAACAUGUGCACGCAGAAGCCGCCACACGACUACUCGCAGCAGCUUUACGACAAGUAUCGGGAGUCGUUCGAGGAGUACAUCACCUCCAUGGUACUACCUUCGUUAAGGGAGAAGCAUGAUGAGUUUAUGCUGAGGGAGCUAGUGCAAAGGUGGUCAAACCAUAAAGUCAUGGUUCGCUGGCUCUCACGUUUCUUUCAUUACCUUGACCGGUACUUCAUAUCAAGGAGGUCACUUACCCCACUUAAAGAAGUUGGCCUUACUUGCUUCCGAGAGUUGAUCUAUCAAGAGAUUAAAGGACAAGUUAAAGACGCAGUGAUUGCUCUGAUAGACAAAGAACGUGAGGGUGAACAGAUUGACCGGGCUCUGUUGAAGAAUGUCUUGGAUAUUUUUGUCGAAAUUGGGUUGGGUCAAAUGGAGUGUUAUGAGAAUGACUUCGAAGAUUUCUUGCUCAAGGAUACUACAGAGUACUACUCUGUCAAGGCUCAAAGCUGGAUUCUUGAGGACUCAUGCCCAGAUUACAUGAUUAAGGCUGAGGAGUGUUUGAAGCGGGAGAAGGAGCGAGUAGGUCACUAUUUGCAUAUUAGCAGCGAACAAAAGUUGUUGGAGAAAGUGCAAAAUGAAUUGCUUGCUCAGUAUGCAACCCCGCUGUUGGAGAAGGAGCAUUCUGGAUGUUCUGCUUUGCUUCGUGAUGAUAAGGUUGAGGAUCUUUCUAGGAUGUACAGGCUCUUCUCCAAAAUCACCCGCGGUCUGGAGCCUAUAUCUAACAUGUUCAAAACGCAUGUUACAAAUGAAGGCACAGCCUUGGUAAAGCAAGCAGAAGAUUCUGCUAGUAAUAAGAAGCCAGAGAAGAAGGAUAUGGUUGGCAUGCAGGAACAGGUCUUCGUGUGGAAAAUCAUCGAGCUGCAUGACAAAUAUGUAGCUUAUGUGACACAAUGUUUCCAGGGACAUACACUCUUCCAUAAGGCACUUAAAGAAGCCUUUGAGGUCUUCUGUAACAAAGGUGUCUCUGGCAGUUCGAGUGCUGAGUUGUUGGCUACCUUCUGCGAUAAUAUUCUGAAGAAGGGUUGCAGUGAGAAGCUCAGUGAUGAAGCCAUUGAAGAUGCUCUUGAAAAGGUGGUGAGAUUGCUGGCAUACAUCAGUGAUAAAGACUUAUUUGCCGAGUUCUAUAGGAAGAAACUUGCAAGAAGAUUACUUUUUGACAAAAGUGCUAAUGACGAGCAUGAGAGAAGUAUUCUGACAAAGCUCAAGCAACAGUGCGGGGGGCAGUUUACUUCAAAAAUGGAGGGCAUGGUUACGGACCUUACUGUCGCUAGAGAUCACCAGACUAAGUUUGAAGAGUUUGUAGCUGGACGUCCAGAGUUGAAUCCUGGGAUAGACUUGGCUGUUACUGUUUUGACAACGGGAUUCUGGCCAAGCUACAAAACUUUUGACAUAAACCUUCCUGCUGAGAUGGUGAAAUGUGUAGAGGUUUUCAAGGAGUUCUAUCAAACAAGAACAAAGCACAGGAAGCUGACAUGGAUUUAUUCCUUGGGAACCUGCAACAUCAAUGCUAAGUUUGAUACUAAACCUAUUGAGCUCAUUGUUACGACAUAUCAGGCUGCAUUGCUACUGCUGUUCAAUGGAUCUGACAGGCUUAGUUAUUCUGAGAUUGUAACACAAUUAAACCUGUCAGAUGAUGAUGUAGUGCGCUUGCUCCAUUCGCUUUCUUGUGCGAAAUACAAGAUCCUUACCAAGGAACCGGCAAAUAGAUUAAUCUCGCCAAAUGAUGUUUUUGAGUUCAAUUCAAAAUUUACUGACAGAAUGAGAAGAAUUAAGAUUCCACUCCCUCCUGUUGAUGAGAAGAAAAAGGUUGUUGAAGAUGUUGACAAAGACAGGAGGUAUGCAAUUGAUGCAUCAAUUGUGCGCAUUAUGAAGAGCCGCAAAGUUAUGGGUCAUCAACAGCUGGUUGCUGAAUGUGUUGAGCAGCUGAGCCGCAUGUUUAAGCCUGACUUCAAAGCCAUAAAGAAGAGGAUCGAGGAUCUCAUCACAAGGGACUACUUGGAGCGCGACAAGGACAACGCGAAUAUGUACAAAUACCUUGCCUGA